AUGCCAUCAAACGCAACGAUGUCCUGCAACCUGCAUCGUGAUAAGAAGGUUAAACUUGAGGGAGGCGUUGGCUACUAUGAAAUUGUUUACGAUGUUCCGAGCGGAAUCCAAGGGCCGAUGCACCUUCGACCCGGUUUGCCCUACCGCGGAACUACUCGCUAUGCCUACUUACCGAACACCGAAGCUGGUGCCAAAGUGCUAAAGCUGUUGAAGAAAGCGUUCGAAUGUCGCCUCACGUUUACGAUUGGAAAAAGCGACUGCAUAAAGACUGUCAACCGGCUCUAUUCUGAGCUCUUCCUCUUCAUCAAUUCAUUUGAUCGCGGGAAUAUCACCGAGAACGUCAACAGACUGAAACAGAUUGAACAAGCGUGUGAACAACUAAAGGAGACGAUCCGGCAAAUCCCAGGAAUUGAUAGCGAAGAAGACGAACAGACUACGAAGAUCCGAUCACUCUACAAGCAGGAGCCCGGCGACAAAUUGAAUCAAAAAGUUCACUGUUCCUAUUGCAACAGCAUCGUGUUGCUGCAGAACUUGGCUUUUUGGGACCCUGUGUCCUUCGAAUUGCCGAUGGCUCAACAACGUAAGGAUCGUCAGGAACAAGAAGUGGACAAGGAGACAUUGGAAGGAUUUUGGGCGGUUAAGAAUAUGAUGGACUUUGAGAACGUCGGAUUUACUCAUGCAGUCGGCGGGUACAAAUACCUCACAUGUGCCGAAUGCGAAUAUGGACCGAUUGGAUUUACCCAUAAUCCGGAGUUCACGUCUUGCGAGUUCUACAUGGCCUAUGCUGAUUAUGAAGAUGUUAUGCGCCUGACGGAAGACUUGCUAUCCAAAAUGGUUUAUCAUAUCCAUGGAAACCACAAGAUCGUCUACCAUCCGAACGGUCCCAACACGGAGCCCGCGCAUGUGCUCGACUUUACCCCGCCGUUCCGCCGAGUACAUAUGUACGCUGGAUUGGAGGAGGUGCUCAAGGUGAAACUGCCUCCGGCAGACACGCUGAAUACUCCUGAAGCCGUUGCUGCGCUCGACAAGAUCGCUGUCGACAACAAGGUAGAGUGCCCUGCCCCACGCACGGCCGCACGUCUUCUGGACAAGCUCGUUGGCGAGUUCCUCGAGCCGACGUUCAUCAGUCCCACCUUCCUCAUCGGCCACCCGCAAAUUAUGUCGCCGUUGGCCAAGUGGCAUCGUUCUAUCCCUGGUCUGACCGAGCGCUUUGAACUUUUCGCCGCUGAGAAGGAGCUUGCCAACGCCUACACGGAGUUGAACGACCCGCUGCGCCAACGCGCCUGUUUCGAACAGCAAGCCAAGGAUAAGGAUGCCGGGGACGAUGAGGCGCAAAUGGUUGACGAAAACUUCUGCACGGCCCUGGAGUACGGACUGCCACCGACGGCCGGUUGGGGCAUGGGUAUCGAUCGACUUUCCAUGUUCCUCACUGAUUCGCAUAAUAUCAAGGAGGUGCUCUUCUUCCCGGCGAUGCGUCCCGAGGACAGCACCCCAGGCCCAGCUCCCGUCGGCGAGGCCAAGGAGGAGAAGAAA